AUGAUUUUGUUAUGUCAAAUGGUGUAUUUCAUUUUAUUUGCUUCAGUUUCUGGUGAAUGUGUGACUAAGCUGUUCAAAGAUACCUAUUUUCAAGGAGGAGACAUAACUACUGUUUUUACACCAAGCGCCAAGUACUGCCAGCUAGUCUGCACCCACCACCCACGAUGUUUGCUCUUCACUUUUAUGGCUGAAUCAUCAUCUGAAGACCCUACUAAAUGGUUUACUUGUGUCCUGAAAGACACUGUGACUGAAACCCUGCCGAUGGUGACUAUGUCAGGGGCAAUUUCUGGAUAUUCUUCCAAACAAUGUCCACACCAAAUAAGUGCAUGCAAUAAAGAUCUUUAUGAGAAUCUAGACAUGAAGGGCAUGAACUAUAAGAGCUCUGUUGCCAAGUCUGCUCAGGAAUGUCAACAGAGAUGCACAAAUGACAUCCACUGUCACUUUUUCACUUACGCCACGUGGAAGUUUCCCAGCGUGCAGCAUCGGUGA